AUGACACUACUCCUCGGACUGUUCAGUGGCAGAGGAGAGCCUCGAUCUCCUUUUUCCGCCUUGCUCAUGCUGGCUUCUGUCCUGUCUCUCCUGCUUGGGCUUGUUCACGCGCGAGACACAGCACCUGCCGGCAACCAGACCGUCAUCUUCGACCUGAACCUGUACAACCGAGUCGACGGCCCAGCGCCACAAGUGACGUUGCGGGCCUGUGGUGUACCAAGCUCUCCCCCAGCCCUGAAGCGACGCCAGCUAUUCUUAUUCUCUCCAAACUCCUCCACGAAGACGACCGGCGUUCAGCUUCUCUGGCGCACCGGCGAGGCAGCGGAUGAUGCAUCUUCUGCGCUUGGUGCGGCUGCUGUAGCGCUGGCUGACCGGAUACGAGCCCAUCCCAGCAACGGCGCGACAAUCCUAUUCGCCAAGAAGGGACAGACCAUCCUGGGGGUUUAUGCAGGGCCGCAGCUCGAGAAGAAGAGUGUGAGCGACGUCGUCCAGUUGUUCUCGAACAAGGCGAGAGGGAAAAAGGAGGUCAAGCAGGUUGCGGUGCAGGCCUGCAACGAGGACUCGCUGAGAUACUCGGCCUCUUCGCGGACACGACAGACAAUCUCUCGUCGGUGCAGGAUGCGCUGCGACGCUGGAACGACGCUGAAUGUCUCGACAGCGCCUCAUGGGACGAGAAGGGACGCUGCUGAGCAACAUAUCGAACAAGCAGAUACAUGCAGCUACACCCAGGCGGUCGCUGGUGAUGGCUGCUACGCGCUCGCCAGCUGGUGCAAGGUCACCCAGGAGAAGCUGGUCGAGUAUAACGGCAACCCGAAGCUGUGCGAGACGCUCGUUGUCGGUCAAUAUGUCUGCUGCUCGCCUGGAAAGCUGCCUGACUUCUCGCCGCAGCCAAACCAGGCUCCAACGGCUCCUGCGAACUUCAUGCGCGUAGGUUAUUUCGAGGCGUGGAACAAGGAUAGGCCGUGUCUUCAUAUGCUGCCCCGUCAGAUAGAUAGUAGCCACUAUACUCACAUACGUUUCGCCUUCGGAGAUGUUACCAAGGAGUUUAAGGUGGACAUUAGCAAGCUCCAAGAUAUGUUUGACGAAUUUAAGAAAAUGAAAUCAGCCAAACGAAUCUUAGGAAGCUUUUUGCUGAUAUCGUUGUCAAGUUCAUCGUCGACCAAGGCCUUGACGGUGUCGAUUUUGACCAAAGGAGGCAAAGAUGAUGAUGACGAUAAGGAUCAGACUAUCUGGUUAACAUCAAGUGUCACUUUCCCUCCAGUCACGCUCACACAGACCUCGACAUCAGGUAUUACCCGGCCACUCAUUACAUGGACGUACAGCCCCGGACCCUAUCCUUCGCCGGCAGUGAGAGCUCCUGAUAAUCCAAAUAUACCAAAGGACCCGAAAGAUCCUGAUCCAACACCAACUCCUACUCCCACACCACCGCCACCGCAUGGCUUCCCACCUAAUGUUAGAGUUACCUCUGGUACUCCAAAACCGACCUGCAGACCCGGUCAGAUGUGUGGACAAAAGUGUCAGAUUAACUGCAACCCGCCAGAUAGCGGAUGUCUCGGGCUGUAUAGGGCCAUUCUGCCCCGACGGGAGAAGCUGUGUAGGGCCUGGGUGCUCUGCUGCUAUCAGCGGAGGAGGGGGAGGGGACGGGGAUCCUACGAGCUGCCGAACGAGUUCCACCGCCUCCUUUUGCGAGAGUGCUCAAGGACAAUCACUGGCUGUGAUGCCACUGGUAGCACUACAACGAGUACAACGACUGUGACGUGCCCUUCACCUGCUGCAGCUCCCCACUGGAAUCCAAACGACCAGAUUCCUAUACUAGGGGAUGGGGGCUUCGGAGGAGAUGUAAUCACCACAGGAGACUUCCCAAAAGUGCCUCGUCCAACAACUACCAAAGACACGACGACGACCGAGAAACCCCCAACAACAACAACUGAUAAACCCGACCCUCCCCCGUUUCCCUCACUCCCGCUUCCAACAUAUCCGUCUGAUCCCGAAUUUUACUGCUUCCGCAAGCACAAUGACGAUAAGCGAUACAAGGUCUUCCCCUAUCACGAUAGCCUCAAUGUAAUCCACACUCUCUGUUCUUUUAUGAAGACCCUUCCAAAGGAAUCUAAACAUAGAUUCAGCGCCCGGGGCGACAACGAUCUCCGCGCCUACGUCGCCUGGGCUGAAGACCAAAGUGGCUGUAACCCACAAACCGCGGUGCCGUUAGAUGACUUUUGUGUUCAAAACCUGUCGCAUAUAUUGGUAGCGUGCGAUGAUCAGACGGUCGAGGACAGAUAUGGCGGAGCAUUUAUCCUUAAUGGUCAUGAGGGAUGCGUUACAUGGUGGGUCGGCGCAGACUCUACGCUUCCAAAGGCGCGACAGCAGAUAGGGAAUCCAAAUGGCCCUUCGCAGUCAGAACAGAAAGUGCUGCAUGAUAAAAUUGCUGCUUUAGAGCCAGAGCUGCCGAGGGUGAAAAUGGAGGCUACACAGAGUAGCACCGCUCAUGGGGCUAUCAUGCCGAACUAA